CAAAAUGGCAGUCUGUCAUCGCGAUUAUUGAGUAGAAAACGUAAUAUUAGUGUUUUUUUUUUUAUCUACGACCAACUAAACAAACUAGAUGAAUAUAACUGAAUAACAGGUAAAAUUUAUUUUACAUUGAAUGUGUAUGCAGUUAAUUUAGCUUAUAGUCUAUAGAUCAGAUGAGUAAAUAUUUUAAACUUUCCGGGAUCGUCCAACACACCUAUUAUGUAAAUGUAGGUCUUGAACUAAAUUCCAUUACAAUUCUCAAUACAGACUUUGUCGCGGAAGUUACUAUUAAAUUAUCUUCCUGUUAUAUUCAUAUUUUUACAACAUUUGAUUUAAUAUUUGGGAUAAUACAUGGGUGUAUUAUAAAAAUCAUGAUACCUACCUGCCUACCUAAGAGAUAAAAAAAUAUUUUGCACAAUGAAGAUUUAAAUUAUCUAAGCUAUCUAAUUUAGAGAUUUACAUUGUCUUAUGACUUUAUUAUUUGUAAUGUUGUUUUUUGUGUAUAUUUAUCAUGUACAACCAACAAUCGUUAAUCAUUUUUAACCUGAGUAAACCUACCGAUUUUAUAAUUGCAUCUGUGUAUUUUAAAUAGGUGUUAUUAAUUUAUAACAACUUUGUGUAGUUCUUUAUUUUAUUUUAUUUAAACAAAAAAUGGAUGAAUACUUAAUAUUCUUACCUAUGUUUUUAUUUAUUUUUUGACAUGCAUUAUCUAUGACUACGUAUAAAACUAUAAUUUUUUUAGUAUUUUAGAUACUUUAUGAAUUUCAAAUGUAUAGAGUUUUACAAUUGAACAUCUGUUCUUCGGUUUAUUAGGAUUUAAAUUUUAAAAAAAAUAUCUUACCAAUCAUACCUACCUAUUGUUCUAAUCAUUUGACCUAUGAAUAAUUUAUUUAACAGUUUAUAAUAGUUUAUUAUAUAUAAUAGUAUAUAUUUUUAUAUUUGAUGAUAAAUUGAAAUUUGUAUGGUACCAACUAUAGGGUGACUACUAGGGUGUUUUAUUUUCAAUCCAUAUUACCUAAUUUCUUUAAAAACAAUAUACUUAGACUUAAUAAUAAUAAUUACAAACAAAUUAGUCUUAAAAAAGAUAUAAAAUAUUGUUGUGAAAUUGUUGAUGAUUAAAUUCUAAGUACAAAUCUACGAUUCAAAUAAUAUAGUACAAAUAGGAAAAUCGCUCAGUCCAGAAAUAAGCUAAAAUUACCCUUACUGUAUAGUACAAAACAAUAAAUUUCUAUGAUUUUAUAUACAUAUUUUCUAAUUCAUUUAUUUUCAUAUUUCAAAACUUUUAGUGAUCAAUCACUGAAGUAUCAGGAUUAGGGUUUUGAGUUAUAGGUACUUCAAAUAAAAUUUGAUACCAUAUUAUAUUAAAUUAGAUUAUGUUUGUCUUAUUUUGUGAUGACAUUAAUGAAAAAUACUGAUACAGAAUUGUUUUCAUUUUGUAAUAGAUAUUAUAAAGUUAAACAUGUUGUGUAUGCUUAAAUCUUUAUAUUAAGUACAUUUUGUAAUUGCAUUUACAUUGUUUUCUCAGUGAAAUACAUUGUGUACCAACUAUAACUCUAUUAUAAUUCAUAUUCAUAUUGAUCUAAAGUGAACCUGAAAUGUACAGUAUAUAAAUUCUGUUAGACUCAGAAACAAACACAUUGAGAAAUAUUAAUGAUUUACUUUUAUUUUAAGUUAGGUACUAUUACCUACUUAUCAUUUGUAUUAAAUACUUAAUGCAGUAAUAUAAUAUCUAUAAAUAAAUCUUUUUUUAUUUUAUAUAAUAAAUAACUAUAUAGAUACAUAUGUUUUAGAUAAAUUUAUUGCAACAAAUUGUUUUUUAUUACAAAACUUGAUUUACACUUAGGUAAUAUAAAACUUUGUAUUAUUAUUUUUAUUAAUAUCAAUGUUAAUGGGUAUCUACCAUGAAUAAACAUUAUAUUAUUAUGUUGUGUAUGUAUGUAUAUAUAUUUUUAUUAAAUUUAAAAGUUUGUGUAGUGAAUUUAAAAUUUCAAUAAUUAGAUUAAAAAAUUAAAUUGAUUAAAAAAUACUUAAUUAGUAUAUUAAACGUGAUUUAAGUUAAUUAUUUAGUUACCUUAUUAAUAAAGAAAUAAAAAUUGUAUGAAAUCUUGCCAUUCAUUAACUAAUAAGCAAACUCAAUAAUUUUAAUUUGAAUAAAACACCACUUGCCUAUUUAAUGUCUACCAUAUAAAAGGAUACGGGUAAUAUUAAUCCAAUAUAAAUCAAAAAUGUUGGUUAUUUUUUCAAUUUUUAUCAAAAUUUAAACUUCAGACCACUAAAAAAAUAUAUUUGUAUUUAAAAGAUUCUGAGUAUAGCAAAGAAGCGAUUAGUUGUACAAAAAAUUUUUUAAGGUUGGUAAAAAUAAUCAGAUUUUUUCACUGGUAGUACUUUAUAUAAACAUUUUUUUCUAAAUUCUCUUGGAGCAAGAGCUUCAAUUUUUUUCUUCAGAAGUAUCUCAAAUGAUGCAAAAUGUCUUAUCACAUGGCAUUUUGUUUAAAAGAUUUAUUAUAAUUUUUAUUUUUUGUUGAUUUUUGGAUUACCUUGGGAAAAAUUAAAAAAAAAAACACAAAUAAUAAUACUCUGCUCAGAACAGUUUUUAAAAUUAAAUUUCCUGUUUAUCCUACACUCUUAAAUACCCACCUACAACAGUGGCCUACGUAUUAGCAGUGUCAGUUUUGUAAUGCUCACAUCUUAUGAGGAAUUUUGUAUCAAAUUUUGGUUAAUUAUUAAAAAGUUGAAUCUACAAAGGUUCUAAAAAAAUUGAAAAUUUUAAAUAAUUUUUACUUGUAUUUAACAAAGGUAUUUGAAGAAGAAAAAGAACUAAAUUAAUUCGAAAUUUAUACCAAAACUGCUUAUAUUCAAGUAUUCUAUGAAAAUUUAAGUGCUCUAUAAUUAUUUUUCAUUGAAUUAUAACAAAAAAAAAAAUAAAAAAUCUAAAUUAACAAAAGCCAUUAUUUACUAAUUGCAUUAAUAUAACUAAUUUUUUUAGGUUUCCUCGACUAUUAAGAUAAGUAUAAAUUUAAAUUUAAAAAAAUUACUUCAAAUACACAAACUAAACAAAAUUUUGUCUACUAAAACUCUUAAGGUUAACGAUUAAAACUUGCUUUCUGGUUGAAAAAUUAUUUAUUUACAGGCAGAAAAAAAACAUAUAUAAUAGUAAAUUAAAUUUUUUCCUCAGAAUCUAAAUAAAAAUAAUUUCAUGGUCACUACUCUAUGGUAGGCCACUGUUUUAAGUACCUGGAUAUUAAGUAGGAUACAUAAUGAAAUUUAAUUUAUAUAUGUACUGUAUGUAACGAUAAAUCAUUGCAAUCCAAAAAACAAUUUUAAAAAGUUCAAUUAAAUAUUUUUUGUUACAUUAUACAUUUUAUUAUUUGGCAACUGUUCUUGUUUUUAAAGAUUUUUGUUAUAUAUUUGAACUUAAAACGCUUGUAAAAAUAAAUUAUGGCAUUAUUCAGUUCAACUAUUUUUUUACCAAUAAGUUAAAAUUAUGAACCUUUCAUCAAAUCUUUGAAUAUUUUUGUGAAGUCAAAAUAGUUAAAUCUAUUCAUAUAAAUGGAAACUAUUAGUGUUAUGUUUUAUCAAUGUUUUCCGAGAAUUGGGUUUUUUUUUUCAUGAAAAAUACAUUUUAUAUGGAUCUGUACUUUAUGUUAAUAUAAGUAUAUUCUAUUUUUGUUUAGACAUAAUUAUCAAUAAGACAUGUAAUGGAUAAUUUUGAAAGAGAUGAAUUGGACGAUAGUGAAGAAGAUACAGUGACAGAUUAUUCCCAGAUGAAUGUAACAAAUGAUAUAAAUAGUAUUGAUUCAACAGAUUUUGUGUUGAGAACGAUGCCCAGCAGUACUCAAGUUCCUACAAUCAGCGUAACACCUCAUUCAUCAGCCGGAAGAAAUUAUCCAGUUCUUGGUAUUAUUAAUUUAUUUUAAGGCCUAGAAUCUAUGUAAUCAAAUUUAAUUUUUUUUGAAAAUAAAAUAAUAUUACAGAAGAGAAUAUACAACAAUUACAUGAAAUACAUGAAGUUAUACAACAAAUGCGAGAUUCUGCCACCUUAGGACUAACACAUGUAACUUUUUUUUACUAUAUUAUUUUGAAUACUUAUUUUAGCAUUGUUUUUUUUAGAUGAUCAAUUUUUGUGGAAUAAAUAAUACUUUAAGUUCAUCUUGUCCUUCAUUAAGUAAACCUCGUUGUCAGUCUGAUAUAGAUACUUCCAGCCUCAACUCUUCUCCUACUCAUACUGAUUUAUCUUCAACAUUCGAUUCAACUAGUAAACAUAAAACUGGAUUUAUUGGACGUAGUAUGUUUUCUAAAAUUAUUAUUUUUAAAAUACCUUUAAUUAAAUAUUUUAAUUUUUUAGAAAACUCUUUAAAUUGGCUUAAUAUGGUAACAAAUUGCAUUGAAUCUAAAGAAAAUGAAAUUAUGCGGAGGAGAAGUUGGGCAGCAUUGGAUGAUUUAACAAAGAAUCAUAUGCAUAACUUACAGAUUGUAAAACGACAAAAAAGGUACUAACAAAAUCACAAUCAUAUUAUUUGUUCACACAUUUUAGUUUACACAUUUUUAGUGCAAGUCUAAGCAGUAUGGAAUCUGAAACUGAAGAUCCAUUUGCAGACAGUACAGCAAAUUUGUUAGCUACUGGUAAUUCAUCAUUUCGUCGUCAAAAGUUAAGUAAACAUAUUGGUUUAAUUGGUCGUAGAUUUAGUGGUAAUUCAUCCACACACUCACUCAAUGAGACUGACUUUCAGGUAUACAAAACAAAUUAACUAAUAAGUGUAAUAUUUUCAAACUUACUAUACUUUUUACAGAAUGGUUUUAACAAAAUAAUUGUAAAACGAGCUGUUGAAACAUGUUUGUUACAAGCUAGACUUCCUUUACAAAAGUCUGUUUCAACACCAUCAAUUAUGGGUACACGUGACGUUUUGAACAAAGAAAAUAUUAUUAAUAAUGACAUCAGUAAUGUUCCAAUGUAAGUUGGUUAGAUUAUGCAUUAUUAUUAUUAUUUAUUAUAGUAGUGUAAUUGAAAUGGCACACAUUUUAAUCUUUUUUCUGUUUUUUGUAGUUUAAGUACAUUUAGAUGUUUAUUUAUUACUUACAAAUUUCUCUUUUUUAAAACAUUUUUUGCAAAUAAAUUAUUUUAUUACUAAUUUUAAACUAUUUAUUCAAAUUUUGAUUUUGAUACAUAAACAAUAGAUAAAUGAGAUGAACAUUUGUUCCCAUAAAACUAAUUGUGUUUUAUUUUGUUUUUAACAAAAGUUUAUAUUGCUACAGGAUACUCCUGAAAUAAUAUAAAAAAAUUAAAUAAUUAUUGAACAAAAUGUCGUCUUUAUGUGUACAUAAACAACAAAACAGAAUUUGAAUAAAUCUAUUAUUUAAGUAUAAAAUGGGCAUGAUUAAAAAAAAACACUGUUUAUUCAAUAAUCGUAUUUAGUGUAAAUUUUAAUGAAUUACAAACCCCAUAUAAUGUUUGAAAAAGUUUAUUUUCUUUAUGUUUCUCAAAAUAAAUUAUAAAAUUUGGUAUUCCUUUUCUUCUAAGAAUGUAACUAAAAUUUAUAUGUUCUUUUAAUUAAAUUUAUAAUAAUCAUUGUAAGUAAGUUUAUCACAGAUUGCACGAAUAUUGCUUAAUUUAAGAUAUUAAGUUGUUACGAUUUUUAUUUUUAUUAAAGUAAAUACAAAACUCCUACCCACCAUAGAGGUCGUCCUAGUGGUACAGAAGACAGUGAGACUGAAGAAGAAACAUUGGAUGUAGAUAAUACAAUGAAACGUUGUUAUAUUACCCCUUCAUCUAAUAAUACAAGUAUACCUAUCUACAAUUUAUAUUCUGAGUGAGUUUUUUUAUUUACUUUUAAUUUUAUUUGCACAUUGCACUUGUUCGUCUUAGUUAAUUUAAUGAUACACGUAGCAUAUUUACUUUUAGCUAUUAAUUUUAACCAUGUGAAUUAUACAUUUUCUAGUAUGUCAGAAGAUCAAAAUGUAAAAAGAAGAAAAAGGGGAAGCUUAUUUUUUAGAAAAAAAAAAGAUAAAUCAAAGAAAAUUCUUCAUUCUUGGAUUUCUCCACCUUACAGUAACUUUGAGCAGUCUUGUGAUUGGUGUACAAAACCGUUAGAAAAUAAACCAGCUUUAACCUGUGAAAGUAAGCAUAAAUUAUUAAAUAAAGAUUCUUUUAAAAAAAAUUCUAUUUGAUUUAUAGGUUGCCUAAUUACGGUUCACCAAAAUUCAUGUAAAGAUCAAGUUUCCGAAUGUAUUAAACAAAAAUAUGGAAAGGUUAAGAAAUAUGAAUGUUUAAGUUUUUCUUAAUUAUUAAAUAUACACAGGUAUUGAAUUUUUUUUUUUAUAUGUAUAUAUAGAGUAAUUUAAGAUUUUCAUCAUCAUCAUUCCAACAAAAAUUUUAUGGAAAACGACAAAAUAAUACUAAUCAGUCUUCUUCGCCUAACAGGUAAGUUUCUAACCUAAUUAUCUAAACUAAAUAAACAGUAUUAAAAUGAAAUUACAUACCUUAGUUUGCUAAAAUAAAAAAAUAACUAACAUACAUAAUGGGAGUCAAAUUUAUUUUGCACAAUUAACAUUCAUGUAAAUGAAGAUUAUUUUUUGAUUUUGUCUUGUAGCAUACAUUUUAAUAAAAAUGAGUUAUAUAAUUUUCAUACUUCUACAUAGAAUACAAAUUAAUUUAUUUUAUUUCAUUAUCAAUAUUUCAGUGGUUUAUUUAUAUACUUAUUUUAAAAAUUUCAGCCCAUAUUAUUAGUUAUGUUCUCAAUAAAGUAAAUUUGUAUUUAAUGAGCGUACAAUAUAUAAUUCAAUACUAAUUUAAUUUAUAACAUUUAAGUUGCAUGUAUAGGUAUAGGUGCUUUUCUGAAUUAUUAUGUAUAUCUAUAAAUAAACAUGUAUAAUAUACAAAUGGAAACAUUUAAAUUUAUUGGUAAUAGUACCUAACUUAUUUAAUCACCGGCUUACAAAUAUAUUUGCCUAAAAUAUUAUGUACAAAAUAAAAUUAUAUUUUUCCUUAGAUAUUAUGUCCUAUUAAGAUUGCCUUUCGUUUAAACAUAUUGAUAUUGUUUCUUUUUAGUUCAUCAGUGGUAUAAUUCUAUUAAUACCAUAGGCAUAGCUAAUCUGAUAAAUAAACAUUUUAUACAUAUAAUAUACCAUUUGGAUACAUCAGUCAAAUUCUAAUUUGUAACCUAAUCAAAAUGUUGAUUCUUGCAUGCUAUAAGAAAGCACUUAAAUGACCAUGUACAUUUGUGCUAAAUUAAAGGAUGUAUAUUUUUGUAAUAUACUGUAGUGUGAGAGUUUUCAAUUGUGUUAUGAUUGUUUCAAAUAAUGAUUGUAUAAUCAUUAUUUAUUUGUAUUGCUUUUAUUUUAUAAAAUCAUAAUAUAUUAACAUUUUAUUACACUCUAUUUUAUAUAUUUUUGACAUUUAUGAUUUUAGUAGUAUAUGUGUAGUUUUCAAUGGUAUUUAAUUUUUUGUUUUAUUUUCAUACUAAAAACAAAUUUUAGAAUAUGUAAAUAAUUUAUUAUUGUUAAUAAUUAUAAUAAUGGGAACAAUAUUUCUUGAUUAUUUCUGUACCCAUAUAUUUUUUUUUUUCACCUAUCCGUUCUCAGGAAAUUUAUGGUGCAGUUUUACUCGCCUUGGAAAGUGGUAGCAACCAAAUUAGGUGUAAAGUAAGUGUCCCCCCACAACACAAUUUUAGUGAUACAUUGCAUUCUUAAUAUAUAUUAUUUUUAUGCAUUUUGAAAUAUUUUUAUGUUGGUUUUAUUUUAUUACAUUUUAAAGUGUUUUGUUUUAUUAUUUUUAUCAAUUAAUAUUAAUCAUAGUUACUAUUUGUUGUUUAACCCACUUAUAAAACUUGGUGGUUUUAAAUAUAUAUUUUUUUUAAAUUAAUAAUAAUAUUUGGUAUAUUUUUCUGCUAAAAUGAAAUAAAAUUUAUAAAUAUAAUAAUGAGGAAGUAAUUUUAUAAAUAGUAAUCUAGUUAAUUAUUAUAGCACUGGAAACAGAAUGAUUCUGAGAAAAGUUUUAAAUUGUAUUAAUCCGUAAUAAUGGAAUAACAAUUGUUCCUUUUUUUUUUUUUUUUUUUUUUUUUAACACAUUUUACUGAAAAUUAAAAUCUAAAAUGCUUAUUACAAAAAAAAUAUUUGACAUGCUCAAUUGUAUUGUUAAUUUUACUACUACGUAUAAUUUUUUAAUUUUUAUAAACUUAGUGUCAAAUGUUUUAGCAUUUUAACAACUAAACAAAUUUAAUUAAUAUAACCUAGCCUAAUCAAAAUAUUAGUAUGCAAAACAUUAACUUUUUCUACCAACAUCAUACUAAUCUUAACUUCACGUGUUUAUACCUAAAUUUGUGGCAACAUAUUUUCAAUAUUUGUAUAUUAUUGAAAUAACAUCUAAUAAUACAUAUAUUCAAUAUUUCAUAUUUAUGUUCAUUUUUUCAAACAUGUAUUAGUUAUUAAAAAAAUCACAUACACACAUACUCAAAAAUGUGUAAUAGAUUUAAAUAAAAAAAGUAAAUUUUCUAAAUUUCAAAAAUUAUACCAUUUCUAGAAAAUAAUAUAAAUAUUUGGUGAAAAGUUCAUGUUUAUACAAUUAUGUCAAUAUUAUGUAGUUAGUUUUAUAAUUUAAAAAAAAAAAAAAAUUAUACUAACAAAAACAAUUUUUUCUAUAAUUAUCCUUGUUCUUAUGAUUUUAUUUUCUAUUUUCCAAAAUUAUUAAAAAAAAAAAAAAAAUGACCUCCACAAUGCAAAAACGAAACAAUAUUUAUAUCCAGAAACCACUCCUGAAGUCUAUGAUUAGAGCAAGUCGUCUAGUCUAAAAUUUAUUGUUUAUUACUCAAAUCAAAUGUUAGAAUAAUGUAUAAUUCUUAGAAAUAUGUUAAAGCUGACCAUAGACAGAUUGUUAAUUUAAUAUUUUUCAAUUCAAAUAAUAACUAAUAUAAUUCAAAAAUAAUAUGUUUUUUUUUUCACAGACUCGUUAUUUUAUGUUUAUAGAAAUUUAUGUUCAGUUUCAUUUUGUUAUUUUCAUCAUAAUUUCAUCAUUUUAAAAUGUUUAGAAUAUGUAUGUAUACAUUAAUCUAUUAUUGGACUAAUAGUCUAUGUUAAAAGAAAGGACAGAAAAAUACAUAUUCAUUUUUAGUUACCUAUUUCUUGCUCUGUUUUUACUUUGAUUAAUAUUAAUAAACUAAUAGUUUAAUGUUAAACAAUAAAGGGGUCUUUCCAGGCUCAUAUAUUGUAUAUUAGUUUGAUUUUUAAAAAAAUCUAUAUAGACUACAUAAAUUCGGGAGGGAGAGAGUUUUUUUAUGUGCCUGGCUCUGUAUCCAGUGCUUUUCAUUUUUUAGCCCCAUAACUUAAAUGCAAUAUAUGGAAGAUACAAAUAUUAAAACUUGUUUAUACAAUAAAUAGAAAUAUAAUAAUUGACAUUUUCAGAAAAAUACUCAUUUAAAUAUAAGACAAAAACCUUGUAGUUGCUGUAAAUAUAUAAAAAAUAAUUUCAUAACAAUAUAACAGAAAAACCACCUCAACAUAGACUAAAUUUAGAUAUUAUGUAAAUAAUGUUAAUGUUUAAUAUUUGAAUGUUUUUAUUGCAUCCAAAAAUAGUUUUUUGUAUAUUUAGAUCUAAUGAUUUUUGUUUUUAUUUUCUCUUCAAAUAUAUUGAUUUGAUGCCAAUGUUAAUCUGGUUCGCUUUUUGUGUUGUUUAAUAUUUGACUUUUCUGCUGCAAUUUGUAUAAUAUAAUAUGUAUGUAUUAAUUUAGUCGGUUAAAUUUUCAAAUUAAAUAAUUAUUAAUUUAUGUAGUUGGUCUUGUAAAGAAUAUUUUAUUUUAUGUUUGGAUUAAAUAUUUGUUUUAAUGGUAAACUACUAUUAAAAAUGUUUAUUCAAAUAAUUUUUAUAAUAUAUUUUAACUAUUUUAAACAUUAUAAAACAAAUAAUACAUUUGUUAACAGUCAAAAAUGUAUUUAAUCUAGAAAAUUGUAUAUUCAUAAUUAUUAUAGUCAUAAUCUAAUCAUUUAGAAUGCUUAUUUAUUUGAAUACUUUACAAGACCGAUGAGUAUAUUAUUAAUAUUAAGUACUAAAAAAAACUUAUAAAUAUAUGUAAAUUAUUCAAUACAGUUAAACUACUAUUUAUGCCUUAACUUUUAUUUAUUUGAUCAUACUUCAAAAAUAUUUUGAUGAUAAAAAUUAUAUUAUUAAUAGCAUACAAAACUAAAACUUUUCUUUAAUAAUUUCUUUAAUAAAAAGUAAUAAAAAAAAAAAUUAUACGAAUUGUAAUUUAUAUUAUUGUUUUCAAUGAAUACAUUUUAGUGCAUUAAUUUAAUUUCAAGAAAAAAUUUUUUCAAUCCAAAAAUAGUUGUUUUUCAAUAUAAUUUGAAAUAUUUAUUAAUAUUUAUAUAUAUUAUUAUAGCGAAUAUUAUAUAAAACCAGGGAUUGUCAUUAUGUGUAGCAUGUAUAAAGUGAUGAUAAAGGAUUUUAACAAAUGAUAUAAAUGGUAAAAAAAAGAUGGAGGGAAUAUUUUGAGAAAAUAUAAUAAGGAGUAUUUAAAGAAGAUAUGAAAAGUUUACAUCUUGUAGGUUUAGUUGGAGGGAAGAAAGUGUGGUGGGCUGUGAGAGCUAUCAAAUAAAAAAAAAAGAGUUAGGUCUAGAUCUGGGGCAUCCAACCUUUUGUGAAGACUGGGUCACAUCAUGUAAGUAGAAGUUGUGUGGGCUACAUAUAUUUUAAUAAUACAUUUUAUUUAUAACUUUUACCAUAGUGAAUAAUGAGUAGAAUUAUGUUGACGAGCUAUUGCAUUUCAUUUAUAAUUACAAAAAAAAAUCUAUUUAUGAUUAAAACAAAACAAUUUUAAAAUAAUUGUAUUGUUAUUUUAGUUACAUUAGUUUCAUUAUCGCCAUCGGAUCCCAAUAAAGAUAAAACUUUUAUGUAAUAGUAUAUACUAUUAAGUAAUAUUUAAAGUUUUUUAAAUUGUUUAUAUUUUGUAGUUUUAUAUUCUUGAAAUAAAUUGUUUCUCAUAGUAUACAUAAUUAAUGUAUGAUUUCAAAUUGAAGUGAGGGCCGUAUUAAAAUCUACUGUGAGCUACAUGUAGACUGCGGAUUAGACACCCCUGGUCUAGAUGGAAUACUAGUGAAAGUAUUAAAUAUUUUAGAGGAGCUAGUAUAAGUUAAUUAAAAAAUGUGUUUACUAAAGUGCUUUUAAAAGAAAAAUGUCAAAUUAAUAGAGAAAAUAUUUUGUAGUACCUACAUUUAAAGGCAAGGGAGAUAUAAGAGUAUGGGAAUUAUAAAGGAAUAAAAUUAUAAGUCAUAAUAAGUAUAUAUGAGGAAAAAUUAUAGAAAUGAGAAUUAAAAGUGAGACAUCAAUAUCUAAGAACCAGUUAGGUUUUAUACCAGGGAGGUCGGUGAUUAGGAUGAGAGUGUCUGACCCAAAAUAGUUGGGAUGAAGGCUAAAGAAAAGAAGAAGAGUAAUAAUAUAAUAAAAUUAUAAUAUAGAGGUUGUCCUAUAAGGAAUUAGCAAGGUUAUGUAAAUUGUAUUAUUCUAUCAUUUUUAAUUUAUAAAUCUUUACAGGCUAUGUUAUUAAAUAAAUUUAUGAAAUUAAUAGUUUGAUUCGUUUUUGCACUAUCAUAUUAAGUAUGUUAUUUCGUUAUAAAAAUACACGGGUAAAUUAAUAUGUAAUAUAUAUAUAUGUAUAAAUUUACAUUAUUUAUUGUAGUUUUUAACAUAAUUUAUCUUCCUAAUCUGUUUGUAUGUAACUAUUUAAAUCUUUUUUAUUAUUUACUUCCAUUUAAAUAUACCUAAUCCAUAUUUCAUUACUAAUAACAAAUGGUAUUUAAUUUUAGCCACCAAGAAGAUAAAGAUGAUGGUCAUUAUAAUUCACAAGACGGAGUUAUGUAAGAAUCCUAAAUAUUAUAUUUAUUAAAACUUAACUACAAUAAGUGUUAUGUUACUAAAUACUUAUUUGUGAAAAUAAUUAAUACAUAUUUAUUUCUUUUAGAUACUCGGAUGAAGUUGCCUUGGUUCAAUUUGAAUUUUUAAAUGAAAGUAAAUAUUAGUACAAUUAUUAUUUAUUAAUUAAAUUAUACUUUGUAAAUUUUAUUAAAUUAUCUAUUAUUUAAUAAACAUUGUUUUCAUGAAAAGAUCAUAUAACAGCUCAUGAUUUAGAAACUGAUCCAGCAUUAGGGCUUCAUGAAGAACAACCAGAUUCAUGGACACCAACUGUUACCAAAGAGGUAUGUACACUUUGUAUAGAAUUGAUUAACAAUAGUAAAAAUCUAUACUUGUAUCUAUUAGAUUGUGAAGAGAUUAAAAGAUAAAGAAAUAAAACGCCAAGAACAUAUUUAUGAAUUUGUGUUAACUGAAAAACAUCAUUGUCUUACUCUAAAAGUCAUGCAAAAAGUAAUUAACCAUUAACCAUUAUUAACCAAUAUUAAACUGAUCCAUUUGCUAUACAAAAUAGGUAUUUGUUGAUGGUUUACAAAAACAUUUUCAAUUGGGCGAUAAAGUAUAUCGCAUGUUUCCCAGAUUGGCUGAACUCACUGAAAUACAUAUAGGAUUUUUGAAAAACUUAAAAGAAAAACAACGUUUAGCUGCCCUGAAUAAUGGUGGUGUCGUGGACUCCAUUGCUGAUUUAUUAAUUGACCAAUUUUCCAACAUAAAUGCUCAACGUUUGAAGAGUGCUUAUGGUGAGUUCUGUUCCAGACACAGAGAUGCAUUGGAUGUUUAUAAGGUGUUAGAAAAAGAUCCAGCAUUUUUCAAUUUUAUCAAGCAUUGUCAGGUUAGUGAGAGAAAAAAAAAUUAUAUUUUAUUGACUUAAAGAAAUAUCAUUUUUAUUGUAGGCCAAUCCUUUAUUGAAAAAGAAAGGUAUUCCCGAGUGUGUAUUGUUUGUCACUCAAAGACUUACUAAGUAUCCUUUGCUUAUUGAACCUCUUAUAAAAACCUCCAAAGAAAAUAAAAUUGAAUGUGAGAAGCUUUCUAGGGCGUUAGCUAUGGUCAAGGUAUGUUUUAUGUAAUAGUUAAAAUAUAGAUAUUUGUGUUAUUAAUUUAUUUCAUGAAUUAUUUUUAGGAUAUCCUAAUUGAAGUUGACUCUCAGGUAGCAGAAAAGGAAAAAGAAGAUAGAAAACUUGAAAUAUAUAACAAAAUGGAAGCUAAGUCGUAUACUACUUUUAGAAAUCGGAAAUUUAAAAAAUCUGAUUUAUUAUCUGAAAAUAGAAGAUUGAGGUGAGGACUUAUUACACCACAUAUUGAAUUUAUUAUUCAUCAUAUACCAAGACAGUUUAUAUUUUUGUUGAAGUGUCUUAUUUUAUUUGAUUAGAAUUAAUAAAUAUGUUUAAAAUAACAUUAAAUAUAAGUAUAAUUUUUAUAUUUUAUUAGAUUUGAAGGAACCGCUUGGCUUGUGCAACGCCAUUCAAAAACACAAAUGGUUAUGGUUAAUGUUAUUGUUAUGACUGAUGUAUUAUUUUUCAUACUUGAAAAUAAUCACAAAUAUGCUUUUUUUAUGCCUGAAAGUAACAAAGAAAAAGAAACCAAAGUAAUUAUGAAAUAAUUAAAUAUUAUAUAAUAAAAUCAUAAUACUCCAGGCAACACAUUCAUUAAUUUAUUUUAUUUUUUGGAAUCUUAUGAAAAAAUUGUUUUAACUUUUUCUAUAGACUUUAAAACCAGUAGCUGGUGUAGUAUCAUUGCAAAAACUCUUAGUCAGGGAGAAAGCAGGAACUGAUACUAAAGGUAUUUAUUUAAUAUCAUCUAAUCCAGCUGAACCAGAAAUGUUUGAACUAAAAGUGUGCAAGCCUAAAGACAAGCAAGUAUGGAUACAGUCUAUUCGUUCAGCUGUUCAAGAAUGUCCUGAAGAAGAAGAUGAUGGAUAUGUAACUUUAAGUUUUGAAGAAAGACAAAAACAAUUAGAAACUAAGAAAAAUAAUAUAAGAGAAAUUGUUGGUAUGUUUGAUAUUAUCUUAUUGUUCAAUAUUUAGAAAAUAUUUUGUUUUAGUUUUUCAUGUUUGUUAUUAUAUAUUAAUAUAAAUUAAAAUAUUAGGAGUUUUAAGACAAAAAGAUGUGGAACAAGCUUUAAUUCUUGAAGAAAAAAUUGGCUUGCAGUUAAAGCUUUUAGCUUCAGCUGGUGUAGAAAAUUUACCAAUUGAAAGUCCAUCAUACUGCCAUUUGGUCACAGAACAUCAAGAUUCCGAAAAAAUUCGAAAAGAAGUGAUGAAUGCUAUACAGGUAACUAAUAUUUUAUUAUUUGUAUUAUAUGUUUGUCUUAUUAUUUGUUUUUUUCUAAAUGUAUUGUUUUUAUUCUCAGAAAGUUAACGAACUUGCUUGUUCAUUGUAUGAUUCUGGUACAAAUUUGUCUCGUAGUGCAAGUUCAGUAGGUGAACACCAAAGUGUAACAUAUGUUUCUCCAACGUUACCUAAAAGAGCUGAAACAUUUGGCGGAUUUGAUAAUUCAUUGUCAUCACCUAAAAGUAUACACACACAUAAAUAUAAAUUAUAUUUGUCUUGAGUAGUAUAAGAGUCACUAUAAGUAAUUUUAUAAUUUAUAAAUUAUCUAAUACUCGUAUAAUAAAUCUGUUAAGAACUUUUAUUUAUGUUAACAAAUUGGUACUAACCUAAUUUUGUUACUUAUUAGUAGUAUAAGCCAAAACUGUUCCAAGCAGUUUUAACUGACCAUAGUAUAAAGUCAGAAUAUCCAAACUAACUAAACUGAAAACUCCUGCUCCAAAUUAUUUAAGCCAACUUAACCACCAAAUCGGAUGAACAAGACUAACACUACAAUUACAUACUAUAAUUUUUACAAAUAUUUUCUACUUUUUAUGUCACCUAUUAUAAUAGUAUAUAUUGUCAAUGAGCAACCAAUACCAAUGUAUCUCAAAAAACAAAAAUAAAAAAUAACACAUUUUUUGGUGUAAAGAUCUCUUAUCAUUUUUAAUUUCAAGGAAAUUAGUGGUUAAAUAAUAACAUUGUUGUAACUCAAUUAUCAACUGAAACUAAAACUGUUCUGAACAUUUUUUGAGAUACAACGUAUUAGUCGCCCAUUGACAAUGUAUUCUAGUUAUAUGAUGGUAAUUGGCCUUUGCUACCAACGCUAUGUUUAUUAAAAAAAAUUAAUAAUGAAUUGCUUAUCUUUUUAUGUUUAGAUGCUCUAAGAAAAUUACCAAAAGUUAUUGACGGCAAUGAAAAUAGUGUGGAAUCUGGUAAUUCUAGUCCAAUAGGUACUCCAAAUUCUACUCGUAAAGAUUCAAAAUUGGUAAAGAACAAAUGUUUAAAAAAAAAAAAAUGGUUUUUACUUGUACAUUUUGAUAUUAUAGAGAGAUAAUAUUCAUACAUGGAAAGAAAACUGUAGUACUAGUUCAUCUCAAAGUGCUACUACAAUACAAUCAUCUGGCGAGUUCCCUACUUUAUUGGCUUUAGGAAAAGAACAACAAGCUACAGCAAUGGAAUUAACACAUCAUAUUUACAUUUUGUCUUCAAUUAUUUGGCAACAAAUGACUAACAUUGACAGGUUAGAAAUUUAAAAUGUAUAUCUAAAAGAUUGUAUGAUUUAUUUUAGAAAACCAUUUUAAUUGGAAAUUUAAUUAAAUAGUAAACUUUUAAAUUAAUUUAUGUUUAAAAAAAAAUAGCUAUUAUUUUGUGGGACUAGCUUAAUCCUGUGUAUACAUUUAAAAUUAUGCUCAGAUAAAAAAAAUUGUUCAAGUUGAAUUUUUCAUAAGAAUUACAAAAGUGUGAUUUUCAGGAAAUUAUACAUUUUAUUUGUAUAUAAGGACUGGGCCCUUUUAGUACAAUAACGAUUAUAUAUUCAAAAAAAGAUAUAAAUAUAUAGAGAAAAUAAAGAAAAGUGAAAAUUACAACAAGUAAACAGUUAACAAAUGAAAAAGAUUACAAAAUGCUAAAAUAUGAAAUUGUAAGUGAUUAAAUAAGAAAGGUGGGGGUUAAAAUUGGCAUAAGACAUCAUACAUCUUCUAGGCUCUUUUGACAAGUAGUUAGUACUUGGUGAUACUUAAUGGGACAAAAAAAAAUUGUAGUGUAAUGAGAGGUUCGUUAUGAAACUUAACAAUUUAUACAAAACACUGAAGUUGAAGAAUCUACUCUACCAGCUAAAAAACAAAUAAGCAGUUAUUGACAAUAAAAUGUAUUGUAGGGUUAUAAAAUUGGCAAUUAUGAUACUGUUAAUAACAAGUAUAUUUUGAUUAUUUUAACCUGUUAGAUGGCAAUUAAUUUUAUAAUGAAAUGUUUGUUUUAAUUUUAUUUAUAUAGUCUUCAAGCUGAGUUAGCUGCAUACAAGUCUCAGAGUUUUCAUGAAGAUCCAACAAUUAGUAGUUCAAAUAUAAAUUCUAGUACUGGGUUGAAAGAUAAAAGACCAGUUUACAGACACAAUCAGCAAUUAGAAGAAUUGCGUAAUUUACAAGACAAGUUAACACAAGAGAAAGAAUCCUGGACACGAGAACGGGAUUCUGAGAUGAAAGAUCUGGAAGAAAAAAGAGAACAGUUCCUCAGAUUACAGGUUAAAAUUAUGAAAAUAUCAAUUAGUGUUUAUAUUGAAUUGCGAAUUAUAAUAUUCAAUAUUGUUUAUUGACCAUAUAAUUAUUAAUAAUCAUUAACUAUUAUUAUAACUGUAUAUUUUGAGAAAUUAUUGGCAUAAAUUAUGUAUAACACAGGUGUUAUCUUCUAAAUAAUUGAUUCUAAAUUUUUUUCUUAUUAUAAUUUUCAAUACUUUUCAAAUUUCUAUCUGAGUUAAUACAUUUCAUAUAUUAAUGAUGGUUAUUUAUUAUUUCUUCUAGAACAAUUACCAUCAAAUCCGCUUAUUACGGUGCUGUAUAUAACAAAAUUCUAAAAUUGAUUCUUAGCGAUGUAUAUGAGUCGUUUAAUAUCUCAUGUGCAGUGAAUUUGAUCCUUUAUAACAAUGUUUGUUUCAAUUAUAAAUUUGAUAUAACAAUAUUUUUUUGAAAUAAAAAUUGGAUUUCAUCAGGUUUCGCAAUAAUUCCUAAUCUAUUUUAUCUGUAACAGAUAAUGUGUAAUGAUAAUGUUACAUGUACAUGUGGUAUAGGUACCAUUGAUCAGGUGCGUACUUUUGUUUGGGUAAACAGCAAUAUGAAUGGCAUUAAAAAAUGUUUUGAAUUUGGUUAAAGACCAAAGUUUUCCAAUUUUAAACUAAGUUAAAAAAUUAUUUUUCAAAAACUUAGUAAACAUUAUUAGGUUAAUAUAUAAUGCAUUAUGCUGUUAUAACACUUCUGCAAUUAAUAUUACUAUUAAAUUAUUUAUACUUAAUGUAAAAUAUUUAUUGAAUUAAUUAAUUUUUCAAGCAAACUAUUUUUUUUUGUAAUCUAGAUAUAAAGACCUGAACCUUUAUGUCCCUUGAAGAUUAUUCUUAGCGAAUUUCACUAUAUUUAUUUGGAAUCUCCACUUGUGAAGUGUUGAAAGAUAAAGUUUUUUUUAUGUACUUUUUUGUUGUAAUAUUUAAUUGUCAAAAUUCCAAUAAUUUAUAGGAGUGUAGACAAAAAUGUAAUAGUUAUUAAUUAACUUUUGUAUUGCUUCUGUGUGUUUUCAAUAAGUACAUUAUAAAAUGUAUAUAAUAUAUAAAAUAUAAAAACAAUUUAAUUUUAGUAUACAUAAGAGAAUUAUAGAUUACUUCUUAAGGUUUUUAUUAUUCUCUAAAAGUUUUUCCCACCAUUAUGAAAUUAAUCCUCUUUUCUCAGUUUUGAUGCUAUUUAUAUUCUAGGUCUAGAAUAUAUUAUACUAUACUCUUAGGUCAUUCAGAUCUUUUUUUCAUCAAUCCAGUUUAUAUCACUUCUUAUUACUGCAUUCUCUAUAUGCUGCCUUAUAGCUAUAUUCUCCAGCUUAGUAUCCAUACUUUAAAUGGAAAUUUAAUUAUAUUUUAUGUAUUUAAAAACUAUGGUCAAUAAAAUAUUAUUUAACUGGGCUAAAAUUAUUUUUCAUUUUAAUUAUUUUUAGGAACAAGUGCGAUUAGAGCAAACUGAUGUAACCCAACAACGAGAGCAGCUUUAUCUUAAAUUACAAAUGUUGACAAACCAAGGUAUUAUUGUGUCACCUAAUAUGCAGCCACCACCUGUGUCACCCAAUCAACAGACUCAAAAUCAACUAUCCCCCGAUGGAGUGACACAUCCAUUGGCUCAUUCAGAAUCUAUGCGUAGUAAACGAUCUGAUUCUAUGAAAUGGAAACAGCAUGCUCCUCCCUCCGUUACUUCUUCAUCUACACUGCCUAUUAAUCUGAUCAGUGCUACUAACCAACAAAAGGUAAACAAAACAAACAAUUGAUUAAUUUGUGUAUAAUUUUGUUCAUCAUUUUAAUUCAGGUAGCUUCCAAAGUUCAAAUAAAACAAAAAUUACCAUUCAAAUUAGCUAACAAGUUGAGUAGCAGCAGUGUAAAUGCUGUAGCUGAACCAACUUUACCCAAUACUACUGUAACAUCACCUUCUCAAACAGCAUAUGCUAUUCAACAGCUUUUGCCAUUAAAGUUACGCGAGAGUGCCAAAAACCCUUUAAAUCCUGUUCAAAGUAGUCCUAGUGAAAUAUUGUCAUUAAAUCAACAAGCUCCGAGUCACUCACGAACAGGAUCUAGUCCAGCAAUGAUGCAAACUGCUCAGGUACCAUCCGUCCAUUUUAACUAGUGAUUAUCUAGUGUUGUAAUCUAAAAAUUAUAUUUAUAUCUAUACAUUUUAUUUAUUUAUUGGUUGGUAAUGUUAAAGUAAUAUUAAUCUGAAGAGUUGUUCUAAAUAACAUUUCAAAAUAAACAACAAUAAUUGUACAUCUAACACUAACUCUGUACUACUGCUUUCCUCAACCAAUAAGAGAUUCUUAGAAGAGUGGGAACAAUAAUUAUUGAUUUCAUUAUAAUAUUUGCUUGGAACCAUAAUUUGUAUCAUGCUAAAUGAGUGCAAUUCAAUUAACAUGAUACAUUUAUUUUCAAUUAAAAACUUGAGCUUUUAAUUUCAUAAUAGAUUUUGAUGAAACUGCAAAAAAUUAUACAAUUUUAUUAUUUAAAACUUUUAAUUAUUUUGUAAUCACUAAGUUUAUUUCUCUAAUUUGUAUAGAUCUGAAAAUGAAAUUAAUUAUUUGAUUACAUUUGUAAUUGUAAAAUAUUUGUAUAAUAGACAUAUAUUAUCUUUACAUAAUCUAGUUUAGGAAUUGUAAUAAUUAUGUAAUUUUAAUAAGUCCAUUUAUUUAUUGUUUGUAUUUAGAUUAUAGAAGGUAAACAGUCAGGUAACAAAGCUGGUAGAACAAACACCUAUCCAAAGUUACCUGAAAAAUUUCGUAUUCGUAGUCCGGAUUCAAAACAAUCCAAAACUAUGCCCACAUCUAAUAAUAGCAGUAUCAAUUCAAACGCUGCUUCCACCACUGAAGAAGAGGUGAUAUUCUUCUGACAGUAACUUUUUUCUAUAUUUUUAUAAUCUUCCUUAAUGAUUAGUGGAUCUCUUUGUUUAUAUUGAAUAGGACAAACUAUUAUGGACACUCUUAGACAAUAAUUUUAUUAAUACUAUAUAACUUUAUCGGACAUUUCUUUUCCAUUCCAAUAUUUAACUUAUAAGUCUUUUAGAAUCAUAAGCUUCUUUCACUUAAACGUGUUUUCCUAACUAUAAUAUAAUAGAAUAAUUUACCAUAACUCAGAAUAGUGUUAAUUUAAAAUAAUUUAAUUAUUGCCCAAUGAUUCUUUAAAAUUAUUAUGUACACAAAUUAUACAUAAAUUAUGCAUACAUUAUAUAUAUAUAUAUAUAUAUAUGUAUAUGUAUAUUUGUAUCAUCGGUGUACUGUUGUUAAAAAAUGUCUUUCCUAUUGCAUUUGUUUUUUUUCCAAAAUAUGUUAUCCUUUCAUUUUAUAGUUAUUUUUUUCUAAAAUGAAUUGAUUUGUAGUAUUUUAUUUGAAUUCCUUAACUUAAAUAUAAGGCUAGUGGUAACGUCGAGCUUUAACAUGUGUUAUUUUUUUUAUACAUUUCAUUUUAUAUUUAUAUUUCUAUUUAUAUAUUAUUACUAUUAUUUUGGGAAGACCCUCUUUGAGGUAUUCUAAGCAAUAAUUGAUGACUUUAAGACUUUCAUAUUUCGCCUAUAUGUUGCCUAACAUAACUAGGGCUGUGAUGCACUGUUUUUUUUUUUGUGGUUAUAUUUAUAUAGUAUUUUUUUAUCAAAAAUAUUUUCAUUAGCAAUAAUUGGUGAUAAUGAUUGCUCAAGUGAAGUUGAACAAAUACAAAGUUUAUGGACAAAUAAUAACUAAUCAUUUUUUUUUUCAACUUUACUAAUAUUUGUUCAUUGUCUUCACUUGAGAAACUGUUUUAUAUUCACAAUGUGUCUUAAAUGCAAUAUUUAUUUAAAGUGGUUUUAUUAUACAAUAUGAUUUUGAUAAUUUUUAUAAUAUUAACCUAAGCCGUAUAAAAUAAUAAUUAUAUAUUAAAAAGUAUGGUUUUAAAUUAAUUUUAUAAAAAUAAAUUUGAUUUACGUAUUUAUGUUUGUACCACAACACCUUUUGAAGGGCUAUUUUAACCGUUCAUAGUAAACACUUUUCUACUUUUAUUGUGAAUUUAAUUAUCAUUCUUUAUUUAAUAUAUGCAAUGUACAUCUAUAAUAUUGUAAUAAAUAACACUAGUGCACUGUUAUUUAUUAUUAUUUUUAUCUGUUUUAAUUUUUUGUCUGUGUUUCAAAAAAAAUUAUUUUAAGCCUAGUUCACAGCAUUAUACAACCAAAACUGUGUUUUUUUUUUGUUAAUCUUUCAAUUGUUAUUAUUAUUACAAAUAUGUUUUGAUUUUUGUAAUAAUUGUAAUACUUUUAUCAAUCUACUUGUUUUAUUCAUCAUUUUUUUAAAAUUAUUUCAAACUUGUUGUAUUUUGUAAGAUGGACAUACCUUAUAAUAUAUAUUUAUAAUAAUACAUUAUUAUCAUUAUUAUUAUUAUUAUUAAUAUUAUUAUUAUUAUUAUUAUUAUUAUUAUUAUUAUUAUUAUUAUUAUAUUAUUGUAUUACAGGUUUUAAUUUAUUAUAAUAUUAUAUUUAUAUGAUACAUACACACAUAUUUAUUAUAUAAAUAUAAUGGAAAAUAUAUAUAAAAACCAAUGUAUUUAUGAAUUAUUCAAUACUUUUACCAUGAUAUAAAUAUUUUUAAUUUUUCAAUG